AACCAGCAAACUAAACUUUUCCACAGUUCAAAGCCCCGGCCCGCAAAGCCGAGGAGGGAGGGGCAGGCGGGGCGCGUCUGGUGGGCGGGACCCCCGAGCACUCCGGAAGUUACCCCGCCCUGAAGGCUCCCGGGUCGGCAAAGUGAGGGGAGGGUCCAGGCCUCCGUUGGACCGAAUGGGGCGUCCCUCAGCUUAACGACUCCCAGUUCCCGCGUCUCCGCAGGGCGCCUCUGCCUGGGUUCCAGGCUGAGUUCGCGCCCACUCUUCCUGGGGUGCCGGCGGCCCGGGCCGUUUCGCCUCUUUUACUCGGGCCUGUGAAGCCGAAAGCUUUCCCAGAAGCGCGCACAGCCGCCUGCUUUCCCCGCGGCUGGUCUUUGUUCAGGGACUACAAGGGAAGAGGCGGGAGACGUGUGAGACUUUUUAAAAAGUGGCCUGUCCCGGGGAAGACGUGCCCCCAGACCCCUGAGAGCCAACGUUCUGAGGAAAAGAAACUUUCCUUGCCCCUUAGUGUCGCUUACAUUACCUAAAAGUAUUUCCUCAGCCUCUGUGUUUUAAUGUCUCAGGGGAAAGACUAUCUUAAGAUUUAAAAUCAGCGCUGCUCAUUUUACCUUGGUAGAGACCCGUUUUCUACUUCGCACUUAAGGUAGACAGGGUGUGCGACCCGUCACCCUCCCUUCCAAGUCGGUGUGGCCGACGCCCCCAGCCGGACUCACGCCCUCCUACUCCUCCGCGUCGGGUCCGCUGCGGGCGCUCCUGACAGGGGGUCGAGGCUAGACCGGACGGGCGGCUGCGCCCAAGGCCAUCCGGGGCGGCGGCCCAGCGGGGAGCGCCCUAGGCGCGCACUUUUCCAGUCCCUUCGAAAGCGCGGGGUUGAGGUCGCGGCUCUGGGCCCUCGGAUGCAGCGGUGCAGUAGCGACACCUGAAUCCCAUAAAAGGCGGGCGCGGUCUUGUAUCCGGGCUGGGUCUGAGGAAUCCGCAAGGGCGAGAGGGUCGUCUCCUAGGCCUGAGCCUCUGCUGGCUUCCACAGUUCCAGAACAUGAAGGACCUGGCAGCUGCUGCCGGGUCGGCUUAGCACCAGCGAAGUAACAGGCAGUUCUGCUCCCUGUUUGUUCCCAAAGGCCUCGGCACGUGGGGAUCUCGAGCAGGCCUCUGACUGCGGCCCGUCUCCUUCCCUUCCAAAAUUGUGUGGGGACAAGACAGUCCACGACCUUCCCCUCCGUUCAGCGGUGUCCCCCGGCCGCUCGACGCGGGUUCAGUCAUCUCUCCGACCCCAAGCGGCCUCUGCUCUCUACCCCUGGCCCCGAAGGGCGGCCUCGGGGAUCUCGGGGGAAGGGGGGGGGGGUUGCAUGAGUCUGUCCCCAACCAACUGAGGGAGAACCAGGACAUUUUCAGAAAUUGAUUGCUGGAUGUCCUACCAUCUGGCUAGACUUCCCCAACCCCUUUCAAUCUGAAGCCGGCGGAAGAGCGAGGUCGAGAAGCCGACCGGGUGAGAGCUGAGUAGUUAAGUUCCCGCACAGGGAGAGGGGACAAGUUUUCCCGCUUUCACAGGGGUUUCUACACGCUCAGGCUUCCAGCAUCUGCCUGCACCGACAUCACCGUGGGCCCAAUGAAAACAGUAAAAUAGGAACCCUGACACCCUCCGUCCCCGACACACACCCUGCCACUUCGAUGAGAACCCAGCAGAGAACUUCCCGUUACACAACCGGGACAAUCGGAAAUUGUCGUUUUGAUUACGUGUUAGUUGGAUGAGGAGCACCUACCAGAACUCCCAGAUCUGGAGUCAGAAAAUCCUCACUUUCUCAGCAAGGGCACCUGCAUCCUGAGCUUUUACAUAUACACACACCCAGCGACAUUUCGUGCUGAGAAAGACCCACAGAUGCACAUUAUUUUUCCCUUUUCCACUGUUAUCUGCCACAGUUCUACUCAGUUAAUUGCGGUUUGAGAACACACACCAUCCAGAGAGCACCAGUGGAUCUAACCAAGUGAGGUUACAUUUACUUGUAAUCCUCCCCCUUCCCUUUCCACUUUCUUUGAUGAUUUUUCCCAUACGUGUGUAAGCUACGGGGACUUAGUAGAAGCAGGCCGCUCCUCCUAAAUGUGAUUUGGACCAUAUGCUUUCUACAUUCAUUCCCGCUCCAGCUUUUCUUCUCUGCACUAACUGCUAACACGUUAUAGUCACCUUGAAAUUUCCUCUGCUAUUUUCCAAUUAAAAGCUUAAUAGCCCUGGAAACGGAGUUCAUGUGGUGAAGUUUACCAUAGCCCCUUGUUCUGAAAGGCUUUCUGCUGGGAUCCCAUUAUGUGCUUGAAUAAACCCUUUCUGCAAACAGAAAUGGGACUCGGGGUUGUCAGGUGUUGGGUUACAAUAGACUUUGAGGCAGGGGACAUUUUACCAACAUAAAUACAAACCUGUCCCUAUAGGGAGAUGUUGUCAAAUACUGGGAUAUGGAAAACAUUCCCAUCAAAUAUGAGAAAAGGAUUACUGCACUAUAUCAAAUGAGUAUUUAGAUCUCAGCCCCCGAUGUGCACCGGAGUGAAACGGGCCCCCGGGACCAAAUAAUGCCAGACUGUUUGAGUGGCAAGGAGUUAGGGUGGCUAGGUGACCUAGGGAGGAACGGGAAAGAGGGGUCGCCUUGGUAGUGAGAAUGCCCCCACAAACCUGGUGCAGAGCUCUUCUGCUUUCCUUUUAAAAAUUUAUUCAUGCUCAAGUUCUUUCUACUCCCUCGUUUCAUUGACCAUUUGAAGAAAAUCGGAAGAAAUUUGGUUUUGAAAAAAGUCGUCGAUCCCCACGUUUCCAAGAGACCUGGAGGUUUCAGCGCGAUAGUUUUCAGAUAAGGUGUCAUUCGUGGCCCUCUACACCUCAGCGCGUUAAAUGACUCGCGUCCAGCUCCUCACUUCCUAGCCUCAGGCCUAUAGGGCUGCGGGCGAUCUCUGCCUCCUGUUCCCAGAGCUUACGAAAUUUCUUCCAGUUGUGCUUUAGGGCUUGUUUUCCUAGAGAAGGCUGAGACUAGAGGAAGGAUUAAAGUGGUGGGGGAAGGGGCAAGACCGAGGGGUCCCUACCCCACGCGGCUUUGGAGGAUGGCCUCCCACUCAAAUGCUGGGGCUUCUUGUCCACACUCCAGGUCAGUCUCCCGCGAUCCCCAUCUCACGGACGUGUAUGAUACGGGACAGCUAAAGGCUUCAAGGGAAACACUCAACCGGGUUCGGUUUUAAACCCUCCUCUCCUCCGCGAAUCAACCUUCUAGGCAAAGGGUUGGCUGCUAGAACGCCUGGAAGUGCUUCCCUUGAAUUCACAGCAAACACCAGAGGAACGUUUUCGGGUUGUCUGCUUACUUCCAGGGCAGUACGGAGAAAAGGAAGAAAAGCGGCCUCCCGGAGGGACAAGGGCCUCUGUGCCCACGAGGGGUCCGGCAUUGCAGCGGACUUGCCCGCUUUCAUCUAGCAUUCGAUUCCCCGCCAGAUGAGCUUGGUGCAAACACUCUUAGAAGCGUACCCACCGAAGGCUCUGGAACUGCCCCGCUUGGCAUAGAGCUAUUGGGCUGUCCCGCUCCCAGUGUAUCCACCUGUUUUUUGUUUUUUUUGUUUGUUGAUGGGCAAGGGGGAGGCGCGAGGGGGUGGGCCUUCCUUGUGCAUAUAUAGCGAUAGUCUGCACUAGGCCAAACCGGCUACUCUUGGGAGAAUGGGAAAACACAAAUAAUCUAAUCGAAGUUUUCUGCUGUCAUCUUGUGCAAGGACCCUCUCCCCCAAGACAUCUAUGACUGGGGUCUGUGGGUUAAGGGGUCAAAAGUGGCCCUAUUCCAUAUCCAUAAUUAAAUCACAGAAUCUUUGGGGAUUUUAAUUGAGUGGCUGGCUCCAGACCUGCGUUUGCCCCCAGUGGCUGCUGGGAGAGAGGGAAGAGAUAAACUUGGGGGCGCUAAUGUGGCUUCUGCGUCUGCUCCUUGAAAGUUUAUACCUGGCGCUUAGCAAAUUCUUUCCGGGAGCAUGUAUGUCCCUGACCUUUCAGGAUAUUGUUUUAUAUUAAAACAUGGAGAGGAGGGUAGAAAAGUAAAAUUUGCCUGCCCCCAAAAAAAGGGGGGGUGGUCAUCCUUGGGCCGGCAGAGCUCCACAUACAUUUUUUCCAAAGCAACAAAAGAUAAAAAAAAAAAAUACGUUUUAAAAGGAAAUUAAGAAAAGAGCUUAACGUUCCCAAAUCAACAUCACUCCAAUCCCCUAUCCUAAACUCCACCCAGGUCUGUGAUGCACCCCCAACACUCCCGUAGGUUCGGGUUCUCCCGGAGCUGAGUUUCUACGGCCAAAUGUCGGGAUAAAAGCUGCCUAGGGCUCGGAAAAACGCAGCCACAGGAGGACUGAAGGGAGGAGAAGAGAGAGAAGGGGAGCGGCCACCUCACUCCCUUACAUGGACCCCCACCCUCACUCUCGCUGGUCCUCCCCUUCUCCGCCCCACGAGCACGCCGCGUUCCGGAGCGCUGCAGUCUCCCGCUGCAGGCUCGGGUGACGGAGAGGACUUGGAGGAGGGGGCCGUGAGCGCCCCCGCGAGCGUGGCCCGGCUGCAGGUGGCCAGGAAGGUGAAGUGCAGGGACCUGAGGGGAGCAAAGGAGGAGAAAGGCGUGGGGCGGGGAGUGCAAGGAGACCGGGACCCCAGGGGUGGGGGUGACGGUGGUGGUGGGAAGGAGGAGGGGUUCGAGGAGGGCAGCGGAGGAGGUGCUGAGUCCGGCCAGCGCGCAAGGGAGCUGCAGACGAGCUGGUUCAGACCUUAAUCAGAGCUUUCGCCCGCUCCUUGCAGCCGCCGCUGCCCCUUAGCAAGGGAGGACGUGCCGACUCGGCUGUGCGCCCAAAGCAGCGGCCCGCGUUGGGGGUUGGCUGGGCGCGAGCCGGGAGGCCGAGCUGUGAGCGCCGAGGGAGCUGGAAAGACGGCUGCGGCACCUCCGGCCGUUCCGGGGCACGCCCAACCGCCGGCGCUACUGGACCAAGGGUCGCGCCGCCCGGAGGCAGCCCCUGAGCGUGCCUCGCAACCCCGCCGUCCAGCGCUCCCUGGCCCGCUCCGGCCUCCAGCCCGCCAACUCAUCCGGGAGCCUGGGGCAUGAACGGCUACGGCUCCCCCUACCUGUACAUGGGCGGCCCGGUGUCGCAGCCGCCGCGGGCGCCCCUGCAGCGCACGCCCAAGUGCGCGCGCUGCCGCAACCACGGUGUGCUCUCCUGGCUCAAGGGCCACAAGCGUUACUGCCGCUUCAAGGACUGCACCUGCGAGAAGUGCAUCCUCAUCAUCGAGCGGCAGAGGGUCAUGGCGGCGCAGGUGGCGCUGCGCCGGCAGCAAGCCAACGAGAGCCUGGAGAGCCUCAUCCCGGACUCGCUACGCGCACUGCCCGGGCCCCCGCCGCCCGGGGACGCAGCCACCGCCCCGCAGCCGCCGCCGGCCUCUCAGCCGUCUCAGCCGCCGCCGCCGCGCCCUGCUGCCGAGUUGGCCGCGGCCGCCGCUCUGCGCUGGACCUCCGAGCCGCAGCCCGGGGCUCUGCAGGCGCAGCUCGCCAAGCCAGAUUUGGCGGAAGAACGACUUGGAGAUGGCAGCUCAGCAGACAAUACAGAGGUCUUCAGCGACAAAGACACUGACCAGAGGAGUUCCCCAGAUGUGACAAAGAAUAAGGGCUGCUUCACCCCUGAGAGCCCUGAGAUAGUGUCUGUGGAUGAAGGGGGGUAUGCUGUCCAGAAAAAUGGAGGCAACCCUGAGAGCCGCCCUGACAGCCCCAAGUACCACGUGGAGCAGAAUCACCUCCUGAUUGAGGGCCCCUCGGGGACUGUUUCUCUGCCCUUCAGCUUGAAAGCCAACAGACCACCGCUCGAAGUGUUAAAAAAGAUAUUCCCCAACCAGAAGCCAACAGUGCUUGAGCUCAUCCUCAAGGGCUGUGGUGGGGACCUGGUGAGUGCUGUGGAAGUCCUGCUGUCCAGCCGAUCCUCAGUCACGGGAGCAGAACGAACUUCCGCAGAACCCGAGAGUCUCAUGUUGCCCUCCAACGGGCACAUCUUUGAACAUACCUUGAGCUCCUACCCCAUCUCGUCUUCCAAAUGGUCUGUGGGAUCAGCCUUUCGAGUCCCAGACACGUUGAGGUUUUCUGCUGACUCUAGUAAUGUUGUCCCCAAUCCCUUGGCCAUGCCUCUGCAGCACCCUUUCCCCCAGCCACCCCGGUACCCGCUGAUGCUAAGGAAUACUUUGGCGAGAAACCAGUCAAGCCCCUUUUUGCCCAAUGAUGUCACCCUGUGGAACACCAUGACGCUGCAGCAGCAGUAUCAGCUGAGGUCCCAGUAUGUCAGUCCUUUCCCCAGUAACUCUACCAGUGUCUUCAGAAGCUCGCCCGUCCUUCCUGCCCGCGCCACCGAAGACCCUCGGAUUUCCAUCCCUGAUGAUGGGUGUCCAAUUGUGUCAAAGCAGUCUAUGUACACCGAGGACGACUAUGACGAGAGGUCUGACUCCUCGGACUCAAGAAUACUCAACACAUCAUCUUAAAGUGAUGCUGGAUGGGUGGCGGCCAGGUGACAUUUUCUGUGCAUUUUGACCCUGAGGCAUCUGAGGAGAGGCCACAUCUUGUGUAUACCCUUUCCUUCUGUUUGACAAGGUGACUGUGCUUGAUUCUAUACAUUAGCAAUAAAAACAUAACUUAUUUAACUUCUUGCACUUCACUGGAAAAUGCCAAAUAGCUCUGCUCUGUGGCUUUAGUGCUGAAUGUUUAUUGUAAAAGAGAGUCUAAUGUUAAGAAUACUCUUGGGAAGGCUGGGUCCAUGGAAGAUUUAUUUGGGGAUAUAAAGCUGAGGUCAGCCUUGCACCUAAACCCAACCUGGAAUGUUAAAUGAAAUAAUAUACUUGAAUGCAAUUUUGUAAAAGUGGAUUCCUCAGGAUAUGUGAAACCUAAAGGAAGUGGUUCAGUUGCAAAUGGACUAUAAACAGUUACAGUAUAUUCUUAUGCUAAAACUCCUUGCAUUCUAAAGAGAGAUGCACUUAAGAAUAGAGUGAACUGCCUCAUAUGCUUAUUUAAGCUUGGACAGUUUUCAGAGACAAACUCCAUUAAGAAUUACUCCUUUCACCUGGCUGAAUCAAAACAUGUGUAAUGUCAAUGUAAAACCAAUCACAGCUGUGAACUGCAUGAAAUGUAUUGUGAAACGAACACAAGAUUAAGCUUUGUUGGGUUAAUAUAGCAUGCUAAGGACUCUAGAAAAAAAUAAACUAAGGAGAUGA